AAAACAAUUUUUAGCCAAAUUCCUUGAGAUUCCUUUCUUUUGUUGCAUAUCUCUCAAAAUGGACUGGUAUGUGGGCACGGAGUGGGAGGACAAGAGCCGCGGGCUGACCAAGAAGGUACUUGCCCUCCAGUUCACCAAAAUGGAGAAGCCCACGACAGUUAGCACGGUGGAAUUCAGUGUGAACAAGAAGACCGCCAAUUUGGGAGAAAGACCCAGCAAGUACUUGGCCAGCGAUGAGUCCUCGACAUAUCCCCAACAGCACAUCCUGGAAAUGGGAACCAGCCUGACCGCAGUGGACUGCUACUUAGAGCUGCUGCUGCAGCAAUUUGUACUCGGCGAAACGGCAGCCUGCAUCAUCACGAGCAAAACCGGCGAACGGAUCGAAUUUGAGCUGAAGCUGGAGAAGAUCGUGAAGAACACGCAGGUGGAGAAGCUGGACGCGGCCCAGGUCUAUGAGGUGGCCCUGCGCCUUAAGGAGAGCGGCGUGGCCACCUUCAAAACCUUCCCGAAAUUCGCAUUUGAUUACUUUGUGCGGGCCGCCAAAUUGCUCAUCACCUACAAACCCUUCGACCAGCUGACAAAAAAGGAGAACGGCAUCGAUGGUCAGACGGUGGAGACGCUCUUCAUCCAGAUACAGACCAACUUGGCGGCCUGUCUGCUGCAGGAAAAGCGCUACGAGCAUGUGAUCUACCAUACACAGUUUGUGGAGACAGAGGAGAGUCCCAGCGAGAAGAGCAUUUACCGGCGCGCGCUGGCUUACUAUCACCUGAAGGAGUUUGCCAAGGCGCAGGCCACCAUCGAACGGAUGCCCAACUACGAGGAGAAGCGAGAGUUCAGUAAGCUGCGCGACAACAUCGCCGCCAGCUGGAAGGAUAGCAACGCCCACUACAAGGAGGUGGUGCAGCGCAUGUUCAGCUAGUUCCCAUUGAUAACAACUCGAUGUCAGGCUAACCAACGGUCUUUAUAAAAUAGCUUAUGUUUAAUGUA